UUGAUCAAUGACGCAAUGGAUUGGGUACAACUCAUAAUGCGUGUGCGUACAAUUACCGUUGAGAAAAUAAAGGGGGAAUAUUUUGUGCGGGCGAUCGUUGCUUCCGGCGAUAAUCUUCGAAUGGAGGACGACGAAUCCAGCACGCCAUCAUCUCGCAAUGACGAAUUCGGCGAUGCGCCUGAUGAGUUCCCCUUUCAUGAUUGCGUUGAAGCAUUUUCCGAACCGAUUGAAUCCGAUGGUUGCUCGUCGAUCUCUACCGAAAAUCCCAACCCUUCUUCGCUAGACGAAAUCCCAUCUCCGACUGGUCUCCGCCGCCGUAGAUCACAACCUCGUCAUAAGCCCAUCGCAAUGGACUCCAAUGAUUUGUCAAAGGGUAAAUCUUCUGUAACUUUUGAAAAUGAGGUGAAUUCCGUAGGGCGGAGGCGAAGGCAUUCUCAGAUAAUUAGGCAGAGCAAAGCUGAAGAAUCGAGUUAUUCAGAGAUAACAGAAAUUUCGGAGCUCCCAAUAGAUCCUUCAGAAAAGGAUGAGAGGAAUGGAGAUCGGUCUACUCCACCUAGUGGCGAAUAUGGUAACAGUCAUGAGGAUUCAGCCACAGAUUCGAGCCUUCUAAUGAAUUUGGCUGGUAUAGUAAUAAAGCUAGUCGCCUUCCAAAUUAAUUUAUUCGUCAAUUUAUUCACGUUUCCUGUAAAAUCAGUGUACUACUUGUACAUGUUUGUGUUUGAUCCCUUUGGGCUGUCGUUGCGCUGCAAGCAAUAUGUUGUUCUGAAAGUGAAAGGCCUUUUUGGCUUUGGGUUCGAAGUCGUGACUCGAUCUGCUUACGAAUGGUUGAAGGAACACCAAGCAGUUUGGAAACUGGGGUUGAAGUGUGGUUGGGGAUUGCUGUGGUCAGCUUAUGUGUGUGCUGUUCUUGUCACAUUGUUGAUAUCAUCUUUCGUAAUUGGCGGGAUACUAAUAAAGACGGUGGUCGUGGAACCGGUUAGAAUAAAUAGGAGUUUGAAUUUUGAUUAUGUGGAGAACAGCCCGGCGGCGAUUGUGAUGUUGACAUCAAAGCCCGAAUUUGACCAAGUAAAUAUUGGGGGAAGUGCUGAAUUAGGGAAGGCUAGUGAAACAAGAGUUAUUCCGCUUAAUCACAAGUUUAGGGUUGCUGUUUCGCUUACAUUACCUGAAUCGGACUACAAUCGUAAUCUUGGGAUUUUUCAGGUGAGAGUAGAUUUCCACGGUGCUGAUGGCAAAACCCUCGCAAGUUCCAAGCAACCGUGUAUGUUGCACUUUAGAAGUCCGCCAAUCCGACUUCUGCUGACUUUGUUCAAGCUCGCUCCUAUCUUAACCGGCUACACGUCAGAAACCCAGAAUUUGAAAGUGCACUUCAGAGGUUUUACUGAACGCGACAUGCCAACUGCCUACCUUCGUGUGAUCAUAGAACAACGGGCUGAAUUCUCGCCUGGUGCUGGUGUCCCUGAAAUAUACGAUGCCUCUCUCACCCUCGAAUCUGAGCUUCCCCUUCUGCUACACAUCCUGUGGUUUUGGAAGAGAACACUUUUCAUAUGGAUCAGCAUGGCGAUCUUCGCAAUGGAAUUGCUCGUGGCUCUCCUGUGCUGCAAACCGCUUGUCCUCCCCAAAUUACGACUGAGAAACACCCCAAAUAGAGAUGCUUCCGAUAAUGACAGUCGAGCAAGAAGAUGAAGUUCAAAUAAAGUCAUAGAGGGAUGCCGAAAAAAAACCCAUUAGGGUUCAUAGCUUCAUGCAGCUGCGCGAAAAAUCAUUCGAUGUAGAAUCGCAAGGCAUGAUCUUGUAAGUUUGUGCUCUGUAAUUUAUGUUUCGAUUUAGGAGGAAGUUAAAAGUUAAGAGUGUUAUGUAUAUGUAUAUAUAGAUAUAUACACAAAAAUGUAUACAUCAUUGAGUUGCUUUCUUGUUCGAGUUCUUUUGAUCAGAUUCUA